AUGACCGUCAUCCCGCCCAUCACUGUCUUGCCCACCAUGAGCUCCCGGGACCCCGCGCACAACGGGCGCGUCUGCAGCACCUGGGGCGACUUCCACUACAAGACCUUCGACGGUGAUGUCUUCCGCUUCCCUGGCCUGUGCAACUACGUCCUGUCCGCGCACUGCGGCGCCGCGUACGAGGACUUCAACGUGCAGCUGCGCCGCGGCCUGGCCGGCUCCAGGCCCACCAUCACCCACGUCAUCCUCAAGACCCAGGGGCUGGUGCUGGAGGCCUCCAACGGCUCCGUCCUCAUCAACGGGCAGCGAGAGGAGCUGCCCUACAGCCGUGCAGGCCUGCUGGUGGAGCAGAGCAGCGUCUACGUCAAGGUCACUGUCCGGCUGCUGCUGACCUUCAUGUGGAACAGAGAGGACAGUGCCCUGCUGGAGCUGGACCCCAAGUAUGCCAACCAGACAUGUGGUCUGUGCGGGGACUUCAACGGGCUCCCGGCUGUCAACGAGUUCUACUCCCAUAAUGCUAGGCUGACCCCUCUGCAGUUCGGGAACCUACAGAAGCUGGACGGGCCCACAGAGCAGUGUCAGGACCCCCCGUCUUCCCCGGCCAGCAACUGCACAGACGUGGACGGCGUCUGCCACCGCACCCUGCUCGGCCCAGCCUUUGCGGAGUGCAACAAGCUGGUGGACCCCACGGCGUAUGUGGCCGCCUGUACCCAGGACCUGUGCCGCUGCCUCACCUGCCCGUGUGCUACCUUCGCGGAGUACUCUCGCCAGUGCGCCCAUGCGGGGGGACAGCCCCAGGACUGGAGGGGUCCCGACCUCUGCCCCCAGACCUGCCCCCCCAGCAUGCAGCACCGGGAGUGCGGCUCGCCCUGCGCCGACACCUGCUCCAACCCCCAGCGCUCCCAGCUCUGCGAGGACCACUGCGUGGACGGCUGCUUCUGCCCCCCAGGCAGCACAGUGCUGGAUGAUGUCACCCACCGGGGCUGCCUGCCCCUGGAGCAGUGCCCCUGCACACACGGGGGCCGCACCUAUGCCCCAGGAGCCUCCUUCACCAGCAGCUGCAGCGCCUGCAUCUGCUCCGGGGGGCUGUGGCAGUGCCAGGACCUUCCGUGCCCCGGCACCUGCUCUGUCCAGGGUGGGGCCCACAUCUCCACCUACGACCAGAGGCUCUACGACGUGCACGGGGACUGCAGCUACAUCCUGUCCAAGACGUGUGCAGGGAACAGCUUCAGUGUGCUGGCCGAGCUGCGCAGGUGCGGCCUGACGGACAACGAGAACUGCCUCAAAUCGGUGGCACUCAGCGUGAACGGCGGGGACACGGUCGUCCAGAUCCAGGCCAAUGGCGGGGUGUUCGUGAACUCCAUCUACACCCAGCUGCCCGUGUCUGCAGGCAACGUCACGGUCUUCCGGCCCACGUCCUUCUUCGUCCUGGCGCACACGGGCCUCGGGCUGCAGCUGCGGGUCCAGCUGGUCCCGCUCAUGCAGGUGUUUCUCCAGCUGGACCCGUCCUACCACGGGCAGACGUGCGGCCUGUGCGGGAACUUCAACCAGAAGCAGGCCGACGACUUCCGGACCCUCAGCGGCGUGGUGGAGGGCACGGCCGCCGCCUUUGCCAACACCUGGAAGACCCAGGCCUCCUGCCCCAACGUCAAGAACAGCUUCGAGGACCCCUGCUCCCUCAGCGUGGAGAACGAGAACUACGCCCAGCACUGGUGUUCCCUGCUCACUGACCCGGCUGGAGCCUUCUCCCGUUGCCACUCUGUCCUCAACCCCGCGCCCUUCCACUCGAACUGCAUGUUCGACACGUGUAACUGCGAGAAGAGUGAAGACUGCCUGUGUGCCGCCCUGUCCUCCUACGUGCACGCCUGCGCGGCCAAGGGGGUGCUGCUCCGCGGCUGGAGGGACGGCGUGUGCACCAAGUAUGUGAGCAGCUGCCCCCAGUCCCAGAACUACAGCUACAUGGUGGAUGGCUGCCAGCCCACCUGCCGCGCUCGGAGCCAGGUCGACGUCACCUGCAGCGUCCCCUUCCUGCCUGUGGACGGCUGCAUCUGCCCCACCGGCACCUUCCUGGAUGACUCGGGCGCCUGCGUGUCUGCCGACGCCUGUCCCUGCUACUUCCGUGGCUCCGUGUUGGCCCCAGGGGAGGUGGUACAUGACGAUGGCGUGGUGUGCUCGUGUGUGGCCGGGAGGCUGAGCUGCCUGGGAGCGGCGGAGCAGCGGAGCUCAGGGUGUGUGCCCCCCAUGGUGCACCUGGACUGCAGCAACGCCUCGGCUGGCGCACCUGGGGCCGAGUGUCUCAGGAGCUGUCACACGCUGGACGUGGACUGUUUCAGCACCCACUGCGUGUCCGGCUGCGUCUGCCCCCUAGGGCUGCUGUCGGAUGGCAGCGGGGGCUGUGUGGCAGAGGAGGACUGUCCCUGCCUGCACAACGAGGCUGUCUACAAGCCGGGGGACACCAUCCGGGUGGACUGUAACACCUGCACAUGCAGGAACCGCCGGUGGGUGUGCAGCCACGAGCCCUGUCUGGGCACCUGCGUGGCCUAUGGGGAUGGUCACUUCAUCACCUUCGACGGGGAGCGCUACGGCUUCGAAGGGACCUGCGAGUACACGCUGGUCCAGGACUACUGCGGGGGCAACGGCACGACCAACGGGACCUUCCGCGUCGUCACCGAGAACGUCCCCUGUGGGACCACAGGCGUCACCUGCUCUAAGGCUAUCAAGCUCUUCCUGGAGAGCUACGAGCUGGUCCUGCAGGACGGCGGCUACAGGGCGGUGCAGUGGGGGCCAGGCGGAGAGCCACCCUACAAGGUCCGGCACACGGGCAACUACCUCACCGUGGAGACCCGCGGCGGCCUCGUGCUGUCCUGGGACCGGAGGACAAGCGUGUUUGUGCGGCUGAAGCAGGACUACAAGGGUCGGGUCUGCGGGCUGUGCGGGAACUUUGACGACAACGCCGUCAACGACUUCACCACGCGGAGCCAGUCCGUGGUGGGCAGCGCCCUGGAGUUUGGCAACAGCUGGAAGUUCUCCCCGUCCUGCCCCGACGCCCCGGCCCCCAGGGACCCCUGCACCACCAACCCGUACCGCAAGUCCUGGGCCCAGAAGCAGUGCAGCAUCAUCAACAGCGCGACCUUUGCCGCCUGCCACCCUCAGGUGGACCCCGCCAAGUACCACGAGGCCUGCGUGGGCGACGCGUGCGCCUGUGACUCGGGGGGUGACUGUGAGUGUUUCUGCACGGCCGUGGCUGCCUACGCGCAGGCCUGCCGCGACGUGGGCGUGUGCGUGUCCUGGCGCACCCCGGACACCUGCCCCCUGUUCUGCGACUACUACAACCCCGAGGGCCAGUGCGAGUGGCACUACCAGCCGUGCGGGGCGCCCUGCAUGAGGACGUGCCGGAACCCGGGCGGCCGCUGUCUGCACGACCUGCCGGGCCUGGAAGGCUGCUACCCGAGGUGCCCGCCCAGCGAGCCGUUCUUCAGCGAGGACCAGAUGAAGUGCGUGGCCCAGUGUGGCUGUUACGACGAGGACGGGAACUACCACGACGUGGGUGCAAGGGUCCCCACGGCAGAGAACUGCCAGAGCUGUGAGUGCACUGCCGGCGGCCUCCAGUGCACACACAGCCUCACAGCCUGCACCUGCGUCUACGAGGGCAGGACCUACCACUACGAGGACGUCAUCUACAACACGACCGACGGGCUCGGCGCCUGCUUGUUGGCCGUCUGCGGACAAAAUGGAACCAUCCUCCGUCGGGCUGUGGAUUGUCCCGGAACCCCGUCCAUAAUGCCCUUCACCUUCACCACCACCGUGGUCCCACUCUCCACGUCAGGCUCAGUCCCCACCGUCACCACCGUGUGUGUGCGCGAGUUCUGCCUCUGGUCCGACUGGUACGACAGCGGCCCCCCAGAGCCCGGCAUGGCGGGCGGAGACUUCGAGACGUUUGUGAACCUCAGGCAGAAGGGCUACGAGGUGUGCCUGGCCCCGGUGAGCGUUGAGUGCCGGGCACGGCGACUCCCUGACACCCCGCUACUGCAGCUGGGUCAGAAGGUGGAGUGCGAUGUGGUCAAGGGGCUGACCUGCUUCAACAGCGAGCAGAGCCCCCCGCUGUGCCAUGACUACGAGCUGCGGGUCCUCUGCUGCAGCUACCUGCCCUGUGGCUCCUCCCCCGGGGCCACGUCCACGGCCCUCGGCACCACCACCUCCGCCGGGGCCACCACCACCUCCCCCGGGGCCACCACCACCUCCUCUGGGACCACGACCAUGGCCCCCGGGACCACCACCCCCGGGGCCACCACCACCCCUGGGGCCACCACCAUCUCCCCUGGGGCCACAACCACGACCCUCGGCACCACCACCUCCGCCGGGGCCACCACCACCUCCUCUGGGACCACGACCAUAGUCCCCGGGGCCACCACCACCCCUGGGGCCACCACCAUCUCCCCUGGGGCCACAACCAUGGCCCUCGGCACCACCACCUCUCCCGGGGCCACCACUACCUCCUCUGGAACCACACUCACAGCCCCCGGGGCCACCACCACCCCUGGGGUCACCACCACCUCCCCCGGGACUACGACCAUGGUCCCCGGGGCCACCACCUACCCCCGAGCCACCACCCGGCAGCCACCGGCCAGGUCCACUCCUGCCACGGAGACCCCGCCGGCGGAGACCACCAUGACAGGGACCUGGGCAUCGAGCAGCCCCCCGGCCGUGGCCACCACCUCCUGCCAGCCCCGGUGUCAGUGGACGGAGUGGUUCGAUGAGGACUACCCCAAGUCUGAGGAGGCCGGGGGGGACGUCGAGUCGUACGACAAAAUCAGGAGCGCAGGAGGGGCCGUGUGCGAGCAGCCUGUGGACAUCGAGUGCCAGGCCGAGAACUUCCCCGGCAGGAGCGCCGAGGAGCUGGGCCAGCGCGUGCACUGCGACGCUGGUUCUGGCCUGGUGUGCAGGAACGAAGAGCAGGUGGGCCUGUUCAAGAUGUGCUACAACUACAGAAUCCGCGUGCUGUGCUGCCACCAAGACCACUGCGCGGGGCCCACUCCCGGGACACAGACACUGGCCACUGCGCAGACCACAGGCGGCCCCUCCAGGGGGACCCCACAAGCACACACGACUCCCACAGUGACGGGAGUGGAGGCCACAACAGGCACUGUCCCUGCCGGCCCCCCGUUCAGCCCACGCACAGAGACGCGCACGACCACCGCAAGAACGUCACCGGGAGCCCUGGGAACGGCCACGACGACGGCCACCCCCAGCCAGAGCACGGCUGGCUGUCAGCCCCAGUGCGAGUGGACAGACUGGUUUGACAUGGACUUCCCAACCUCAGGAGUGGAGGGCGGGGACCUGGAAACCUUGGACAACAUCAGGGCCACCGGGGGCACGCUGUGCGAGGAGCCCCAGAAGAUUGAGUGUCGUGCAGAGAACUACCCUGAGGUCAGCAUCGACCAGAUCGGACAGGUGCUCAGCUGUGACCUGCACACGGGCCUGGUCUGCAAGAACCAGGACCAGAAGGGGCCUUUCAACAUGUGCUUCAACUACAAUAUCCGUGUGCUCUGCUGCCGCCCGAACCCGCACUGCCCCAGCACCCCCGCCCCUGCGGGCUCCACAUCUCUGGGGCGAGAAACCACAACCAGAGUGUCCACCCAGACCCAUGCCUCCUCCCCUGGAACCAGCCAGGGGGUCCCUGUCUCCACCACCCAGACCCUUCCUUCCCCUGCCAGGACCACAGAGAGGGUCUCCAGCCCCGGUCCCUCUGCCUCCCUGGGGACCCCGACCACCACCACCAAGCCCACCUCACCCCGUGCACCCACCACGGUCCCCGAGGUGACCUCCAGACCAUGGACCUCCCCCGGGUCCCCGCCCAGCACGGCCACCUUCGGGACCACGCUGCUCUCCACGCCCCCGCUGCCCAGCUCCACCACGCACAGCCCGGCCACCUCGUCCUCCACGGGCUGCAGCCCACGGUGCACGUGGACAGACUGGUUCGACGAGGACUACCCCACGCCGGGCCUGGACGGCGGGGACUUCGAGACCUUCUCAGUUUUCCGCUCAGCGGGCCACGACUUCUGCCAGCGCCCCCAGGACAUCCAGUGCCGCUCGGAGAGGGCGCCGCACGCACGUCUGGAGGACCUGGGGCAGGUGGUGCAGUGCAACGUGAGCUUCGGGCUGGUGUGUCGCAACCGGGAGCAGCCGGGACCCUUGCGCUACUGUGACAAUUACCACGUGCGCGUGCUCUGCUGCGAGGACGACGGCCGCUGCGCCAGCCCCACCGCCUCUGAGCCCACCACGCCGUCCCGGGGGACGCCCGCCACCAGGGCCACCACUGCCUUCCGCUCCGCGCCCGUCAUCCGCAUCUCCACGGCCUCCACACUCAGCCCCCACGGCAGUGAGUCCCCACCCUGGCAGCCCGAGACCUCGCCUGGAUUCCCAGGAGUCAUGCCCAGCACGGGGGCAGGCCCCAGAGCCUCCCUGUCGCCCCCCGUGCCCGAGACCGCCAGCUCUAUGCCUGGCACCACCUUGGGCCUCUCCACGGCCGCCUCCAGGGCCACAGUGCCAGUGGGCAAGACCGAGACAUCCUCACCUGUGACCUCCAGCCACACACAUACCCCCACGUCCCCCGUGGCCAGGUCUACAGCCUGUGAGCCCCGUUGUGCCUGGACAGACUGGCUGGACGAGAGCUACCCGGUGCCCGGGGCCUCCGGUGGGGACUUUGAGACCUACGCCAACCUCCGGGCCGCGGGCAAAGCCAUCUGCCAGCAGCCAUGGGCACUGCAGUGCCGGGCGGAGGCGCAGCCAGAGACACCACUGCAGGAGCUGGGCCAGGUGGUUCAGUGUGGCCUGGAGGAUGGCCUGGUGUGCCGCAACCAGGACCAGGCCGGCCCGUUCCACAUGUGCCUCAACUACCAGGUGCGCGUGCUCUGCUGCGAGGAUGACGGCCGCUGCGCCAGCACCCUGGCCACCACUGCACUCACCUCGCGGGGCACCAGCCUGAGUCCGACCCCCGUGCUGCCCACAAGCACCAUGGUCCCCAGUCCUACGGCCCCCAGAACCAGCCGGACCACGGCCACCGCCACGUGCCUGCCCACCUGCCGCUGGACCGACUGGCUGGACAGUGACCAGCCCCGGCCUGGCCGCUACGGGGGCGACAUCGAGACUUACUACCACAUCCAGGACGCGGGCGGUCAGCUUUGUGCGGAGCCCAAGGCCAUCGAGUGCCAGGCAGUGCUCUACCCAGAUGUGCCCUGGGGGCAGCUGGGUCAGGAUGUGCGCUGCGAUGUGAACUACGGCCUCAUCUGCAGGAAUAACUGGCAGACGGGGGGCCGCAGCUGCCUCAACUACCAUGUGCGGGUGCUGUGCUGUGAGGGUCCCGGCCGCUGUGCCACACAGCCCACCUCGGAGCCGGGCGCCGCCAGCAGCUCUAGCACACGACUAAGGUCAUCGGGGGUCACAGGGCUGCAGACCACGGCCACCCUCCCAACUUCCCCCGAGACCACGCAGGGUGUCAUUGGCCCCACCUCCCAGGCUGGCCCAUCUCCUGAGACCACCCAUGGGGUUCCUGUCUCUACCACCCAGAUCCUUCCUUCCUCCCUCAGGACCACCCAGACAGGACCGACUUCCCCUGGGACCACCCAUGGGGUCCCUGUCUCUACCACCAGCACCAGCAUAGGCCAAACGACCACCCUGACAGGCCUGUCUUCCCCUGGGACCACCCAUGGGGUCCCUGUCUCUACCACCAGCACCAGCAUAGGCCAAACGUCAUCAGGAGUCAUUAGGCUGGGGACCAUGACCACGCAUCCCUCCUCUCCUGAGACCACACAGAGAUACACUGUCUCCACCACCCAGAUCUCUCCUUCCUCCCCCAGGACCACCCAGACAACACCCUCUUUUCCUGGGACCACCCAUGGGGUUCCUACCCUUCCUUCCUCCCCCAGGACCACCCAGACAGGACCCUCUUUCCCUAGGACCACCCAUGGGGUUUUUGUCUCCACCACCCAGACCCUUCUUUCCCCUGCCAGGACCACAGAGAGGGUCUCCAGCCCUGGUCCCUCUGCCUCCCCGGGGACCCCAACCACCACCAAGCCCACCUCACCCCGUGUUUCCACCACGGUCCCCGAGGUGACCUACAGACCGUGGACCUCCCCUAGGCCCCCACCUAGCACAGCCACCUUCGGGACCACGCUGCUCUCCACGUCCCCGCUGCCCAGCUCCACCACGCACAGCCCGGCCACCUCGUCCUCCACGGGCUGCAGCCCACGGUGCACGUGGACAGACUGGUUCGACGAGGACUACCCCAUCCCGGGCCUGGACGGCGGGGACUUCGAGACCUUCUCAGUUUUCCGCUCAGCGGGCCACGACUUCUGCCAGCGCCCCCAGGACAUCCAGUGCCGCUCGGAGAGGGCGCCGCACGCACGUCUGGAGGACCUGGGGCAGGUGGUGCAGUGCAACGUGAGCUUCGGGCUGGUGUGUCGCAACCGGGAGCAGCCGGGACCCUUGCGCUACUGUGACAAUUACCACGUGCGCGUGCUCUGCUGCGAGGACGACGGCCGCUGCGCCAGCCCCACCGCCUCUGAACCCACCACGCCGUCCCGGGGGACGCCUGUGCCCGAGACGACCAGCUCUCCGCCCAGCACCACCUUGGGCUUCUCCACGGCUGCCUCCAGGGCCUCGGCACCCCACACCUUGCGGCCAGUGACAGUGAGCACCUCGUCCACGUCCAUCCUCACCACCCCACGGCCACCUGUGUCUCCCAGCGGGAGCCUCACCACCCGCUGCUUCUGCCGGGCGCUGGGGCAGCUCUUCUCCCCGGGGGACAUCGUCUACAACAAGACGGACAGCGCGGGCUGCUCCUUCUACGCCGUCUGCAACCAGCACUGUGACAUUGACCGCUUCCAGGAUGCCUGCACUACGUCCUCGCCCCCGGAGGCCUCCUCGACCCCAGUGGCCUCGCCCUCCCCGACCCCAGUGGCCUCGUCCUCCCAGCCUCAGGGCUGUGACCUCAUCAUCCCUCCCCGACAGGUGAAUGAGUCCUGGACCCUGCCAGACUGCACGGUGGCUCGCUGUGAGGGCCACAACCACGUGGUCCUGCUGGGGCGGAAGCCGGUGGCCAGCAUCCACUGCGUGAACGGACACCCACCGGUCAGAGUGUCGCAGGACAACGAGCCGUGUGAUUUCCACUUUGAGUGCGAGUGCUCCUGCAGUGGCUGGGGGGGCUCCCACUACACCACCUUCGACGGCACGUCCUACUCCUUUGCGGACAACUGCACCCACAUGCUCAUGAAGGAGAUCCGCCCACGAUACGGGAACCUCAGCAUCUUCAUGAACGGCUACUACUGCGGGGCCGCUGCCGCCCCCGCCCCCUGCCCCCGCGCCCUCAGCGUCCACUACAAGUCCAUGGAGGUCAUCCUCACCACCCGCACCAGCGCCCGCGGGCAGGAGCAGAGCCUGAUCCUGUUCGACCAAAUGCAAGUGGGCUCGGGCUCUAGCAAGGACGGCGUGAGCGUGUCGGUGACGGGCGCGACCAUGAUGACCAUCGACAUCCCCGCGGCUGGUGUGACCGUCACCUUCGACGGGCAGGUCUUCCACAUCCAGCUGUCCUACAGCCGUUUCAGCCACAACACCGAGGGCCAGUGUGGCACCUGCACCAACAGCCGGACGGACGACUGCCGCCGGCCAGACGGCACCAUGGCCGCCACCUGCCAAGACAUGGCCCACCACUGGCUGGUCCCCGAGAGCGGCCGCGAGGGCUGCUCAGCGCCUACCGGCCCGCCCCCGACAGCAGGGACCUCGUCCUCUGCGCCCACCACGCCCACCUCGUCCCCAUGCCCCCCCGCGCCCCUCUGCGAGCUGCUGCGGAGCCCGCUCUUUGCGGAGUGCCGCGCCCUCAUCCCCCCGGAACCGUUCGUCAGCUCCUGCGUCAGUGACGGCUGCCAGGCCGACGGCCCCCGAGCGCCUUGCCGGAGCCUGGAGGCCUACGCGGCGCUCUGCCGUGCCCGGGGCGUGUGCAGCGACUGGCGGAAUGCCACCAACGGGCUGUGCGACUUCACCUGCCCGCCCGACAAGGUGUACCGGCCGUGUGGCCCUGCACAGCCUGCGUCCUGCGACUCCAGGAGUCAGAGCGGAGCGGGCAAGGGGCUGGCGGAAGGCUGCUUCUGCUCCGACGGCCUCACCCUCUUCAACACGCACACGGACGUCUGCGUACACACCUGCGCCUGUGUGGGGCCAGAUGGGUUUCCCAAAUCCCCUGGGGAGCGGUGGGUCAGCAACUGCCAGGCCUGCCUGUGCCACGAGGGCUCCAUGUCAGUGCAGUGCGCCCCCGUGCCAUGCGAGCCCCAGGAGCAGCCCCCGCAGUGCGGACGGGCUGGCUUCGUGACCGAGACCAGGCCUCUGGCCAACAACUCCUGCUGUCUGGAGACGCUGUGCGUCUGCAACACAACCACGUGUCCCCAGAGCCCACCCAGAUGCAGGCCAGGAGAGGAGCUGACUCGCACCCAGGAGGAGGGUGAUUGCUGCCCCACCUUCACCUGCCGACCUCUGCUGUGUUACUACAACCAAACCGCCUUUGGGAUCGGGGCAACCUUCCCAUCGCUUACUCCCUGCCACACGUGCACCUGCAUGUCUGGGGACACCCAGGGCCCAAUCGUGCAGUGUGAGGAGGACACCUGUAACACUACCUGCCCCCAGGGCUCCGAGUACCGGAAGGUGGACGGACGGUGCUGUGGGGAGUGUGUGCAGACGGCCUGUCCCACGGAGGACGGCCAGCUGGUCCAGCCCAACGAGACCUGGGUCAACAGCCCGGUGGACAACUGCACCGAGUACCGCUGCGAGGUCAGGAAUGGGCUCCACGUGCUCAUCGGGAGGGCCACGCCCUGCGCCAACGUGUCCAGCUGCCAGGGCAUCCUCAGGAAAACCGGCUGCUGCUUCUCCUGUGAGGAAGUGGACAAGUGCCAGAUCCACGUCAACAGGACCAUCCUGACCUACCAGGGCUGCGCCACCCAGGCCCCGGUCAACGUCACGUUCUGCGGGGGUUCAUGCCCCGGACUGUCCAAGUACUCCGUGGAGGCCCAGGCGAUGGACCGCCAGUGCACCUGCUGUCAGGAGACGGGGGUUCACGAGGAGGUGGUGACGCUGCGGUGUCCCGACGGGACGGCCGUCCGCCACACCUACACCCACGUGGACGAGUGCAGUUGUGCCCCGGCCUGUGUCCACUCACCCGAGGUGCCCGAGGACAGCACCCCCAUCCUCCUCACCUAGAGGUCCACCACUGUCCGUUGCCAUUCU